GAGAGUUACAAGCUGCAUCUGGAGCACUGGAGAGCUGCCACUGUAGACUUCACCAUGCGGUUCAACGUGCUGUUCUUCAUGCUGGUCCUUUCUUAUCUCUGCCUUGCUUUGGCACAAGUGUCCUAUGAUGACUGCUGUCUAAAGUAUGUGAAGAAAAUGGGCCACAGCACUCAAAAGCAUGCAGUGAGGUACAGAGAGCAGAAGAUAGAUGGAGGCUGUAACAUCCCUGCCAUAAUCUUCACCAUGAGGAGGGGGCGCAUGUUUUGCACAGACCCCAGAGAGAAAUGGGUUCAAGACUUGAUGAAGAGGAUUGACAAAAGGGAAUCCAGAAAUGACAAGUACCAUUCACGGCAUUUGAACAGAGGCUGAGAUGACUGCCUGCUGUUCAUCGUUCUGCCCUCUGCCAUCUUAUUAUUAAACAACAAGAGGUUUUAUGGCAGUUUUAUGGUGGCUUACUGGAAGCUAAGUGAGGAGGCUGGCCAAGUAAAUCUUGUAGCAUUACUUUUGCUUUCACUCUGCACAGCCUAAAGGUCAAAAGCUUGUGUAGAGUUGCAGCAGCACUUCUUCUGAGUUGGGCUCUUGGGCCCAACUGGUCACCACAUAAUACCUAAUCUUUAAAUGCAUGGCUGCUUCAAUAACAACAUUUGUGACUGUUUUCUUGCCUUUUCAGACAUCAGAUACUCAAGAAGUUGUUUAAUGACAGAAGUAGUGAUGGAGUGUAAUGACAUGUAACCUUUAGAGUAGCUAUUUACUCCAUAAUGUGAGCAGUAAAAUAUUAUAAAAUGCUUAUGUGAACACACCAGCUGUUGUAUGUUAAUGAAUUUUUGAAAUGAGUGUCAUAGAAAAAGAGAAGCUGUCAAAAAAAAAUUCCUAAACUUUCCAACUGUAUAUGUGUUCAUUUAUUUUGUGUACAGGUUUUCUUACAGUAAAUAUACUCCAAUAAAAGCAUUACUUUCCUACCAUUCCCCACAAUGUUGUUUAAAGUUUUAUGAUUAUGUUCAUAUAAUUGUUUUGAUAUUUUUCUUUUGGUCUGUGUCACAGUAUGUGAUAAAGAGAAAAUGGAACACA